AACAUGCCUUACGGGAAAUUUCUUUAACACGCGCAUCCCUUCGCGCUGUGGCGAUUCCAAAAAUUGAAGAAAUCUGCCUCGCGUCGAAGUGCAAACCUCGAUAGUCUCUGUUCGAGCACUUUCCAUGGAGGAGUUAAGCAGAAGAGAGCUUGAGAAGAAAAUCCUCGAAAAAGUUGGAGGCGUGAUUUCCGCCAUUAACGAUGCAAAGCACGUUGAUGAGGUCAUCUGCGCUCUUCACUCCAUCGCGGUUCUGCUAUUCCCGCUCGAUUCGUCACUUCUGUCUGGUAGCAUAGAUCGUCGAUACAGGGAUAAGGUUCUUGGAAUUGAGGGCCCUUCUCCUCUCGAGAGGGAAGAGUGGUGGCACAUUUUCUAUCGGGGAUCUCCAUUUCCGAUACUAGCUAGGGUUUUAAUAUAUGAUAUUGCCUCAAAUUGGCUAGCAUGUUUCCCUUUUUCAGCACGGAUGCAUGUCUAUGAUUCUUUCUUUUUGAAUGCACCUACAACUGAGGUUGUUCAGGCUGUAGUUCCCAGUCUAGUGCAAAACGGAAGUAAUAAAGAUGUAGAUGCAAAUGCUAUCUGCUCAAAUGCUGAAAGGAUAUUGGUACUAUGCUUGCUUGAAAACAAUGGUCUACUCAAGAUGGCUAGAGAAUUUGGUGGUUCUUGUCAAUCUAGAGAACUCAUUAGCACAAAUCUGAAGCCAGACGAUUCAAUCUUCAUAUCUAGAAUUGCACAGCUACUUGUAUCUAUUCCUGACAAAGCACGACUAGAAGCCCCAGCUGCACUCUCAUCACACCAGUUCUUCAAGCAGGUUACCAACCAGCUUCUUAAUGGAGCAGAAGAAAGUGCUCCAGACCUAUGUAAUAAAGUAGAUGCUUUGGAAGGCGUAUUUUUAUUUAUAGGGGAAACAUUUGCUCGCAUAUGUCGGCGCGGAUUUGCAGAUACUAUGUUAGUUGAAAUGAUCCCUCGGAUACUUAGACAUGUACGGGGCUUCUCAUCAACAAAUGUUGAUCCUAUUUCAUCUAAAUCACAAUUCUGGAUGAAGUUGAUGGAGGCAAUUAGAGAUGCAUAUGCUGUUGAAAGAUUGACUGAAUGCUUGCUGCAUCAGCUAGCCACUGAACAUGUGACUGACAUUGAAGCUUAUUGGAUCCUCUGGAUGUUGUUCAGUUGGACUUUUAAGCACCAAACAUCAGUCAGGUCGAUGUUUGUUGACAAAUUUUUACUCUGGAAAGUUUUUCCUAUCUGUUGUUUGAGAUGGAUUCUCCAGUUUUCUGUGCUUGAUUGCCCGCCAAAUUCCAGUGAGCUGACAAAAGGCCCAAAUUCUCAAAGCCUCUUAGACAUGGUGCAGCGUUUGGUUGGAGUAUGGUCAAAACGUGAGUUUGUUCAAUCAGCUCCAAUGGAGCAGCAAACUUAUAUAACUGCUGCUGUUGGCCUAUCCCUGGAACUGCUAUCCAGGGAAGAACUUGAAGCAGCCAAGGAUGUGAUGCACUCAAUCCUUCAAGGAGUAAGCUGUAGGCUGGAGAGUCCUAUGCAUUUAGUAAGGAGAAUGGCUAGCUCUGUGGCAUUGGUGUUCUCUAAAGUGGUUGACCCAAAAAAUCCUCUUUACCUUGAUGAUAGUUUCAAUGGAGAGACUAUUGACUGGGAAUUUGGGUUUUGUACCCAAUCCAAGGGGAUUGCAGCCAGUUUGAAUGGCAAAAAAGAGAUUCAUGGUGAUGUGAAAAUAUCUUUUAUUACUCGGUCAAACAAGGAAGUAGACAAUGCUGACGCCAGAAUAAAUACCAAUACAAAGCAAAAAAAUAAGAAGCUAUCUGAGUUAAAGAUGAUUGAUCCAGAUGAGAUUAUUGAUCCAUCAAUGCUAAAUAAUAUGACUAUAUCUGAUGAAGAAGAAGAAGAUGAUGAUGAUGAUGCAAGUGUGAACUCUGAAUCCUUAAGUGACUCAUCUUUGCAACCAUACGAUUUGACAGAUGAUGAUACAGACUUAAAAAGAAAAUUCUCACAGCUGGUUGAUCUAAUUGGAGCAUUACGGAAACCUGAUGACCCAGAUGGUGUGGAAAGAGCACUCGAUGUUGCUGAAAAUCUUGUAAGAGCAUCACCUGAUGAACUCCAGCAUGUGUCUGGUGAUCUUGUGAGAGCUCUUGUGCAGGUCCGUUGCUCUGAUUUGACCAUCGAAGGGGAGGAAGAAUCAGCUGAAAUAAAGAGGCAAAGAGCACUAGUUGCAUUGCUUGUCACAUGCCCAUUUGAAUCUGUGGAUGUCCUCAACAAACUAUUAUACUCUCCUAAUGUGGAUGUUAGUCAACGUAUCUUGAUACUUGAUGUGAUGACUGAUGCAGCUGAGGAGCUUGCAGAUGCUAAAAUCAUCAGAUCAGAACGGAAUAAGAAGAUACUUAUAUCAUCAAUGUCAGAGAGCCAGCCAUGGUUUUUGCCUGGUAACAGAGGGCCUUCCGGAGCAGGUUCCUGGAAAGAGGUCUCAGACACAGGACCUUUAAGUUGGUCGUAUCGCUAUGAGAGAGAUCUUCCCUUGAAACCAAAUCAGAUCAAAGUGGGGAAGUCACGAAGGUGGAGCAUCCGAUCAACAAAGAUACAAGAAAACCAACUGGACUUGUCAAAAAAUAAAUUCCCUGUAUAUGCAGCAGCAUUUAUGCUCCCAGCUAUGCAGGGAUAUGACAAGAAGAGGCAUGGUGUUGAUUUGCUUGGUGGGGAUUUUGUUGUGCUUGGGAAACUUAUCUAUAUGCUUGGUGUAUGUAUGAAGUGUGCAGCAAUGCAUCCAGAGGCAAUGGCUUUGGCUCCUGCCCUACUUGAUAUGUUAAGCUCAAGGGAGAUCUCACAUCAUGCAGAAGCCUAUGUUAGAAGAUCGGUCCUGUUUUCAGCUUCAUGUGUAUUGGCAGCACUUCAUCCUUCUUUUGUAGCAUCUGCUUUGGUUGGAGGUAAUUCUGAAAUUUCCAAGGGGCUUGAGUGGGUACGUAAAUGGGCACUGCAUGUUGCUGAAUCAGAUACAGAUACUGAAUGCUCCACAAUGGCAAUGGCAUGUCUCCAACUUCAUGCUGAGAUGGCCCUCCAAGCUUCCCGAGCACUUGAGUCUGCAGACACUGUAUACAAGGCAAGAGAUGUUGGUCUGCCUUCUAGUUUGAUGAAGGGAGCAAUCAGGAUUCCCCACUCAAACAUGGAAUUUCGAAUUUGAAUGAUAACCCUGGUAGUUGGUAUAUUCAUCCUUGGCCUUGCCAUGUAUAAUUUUCGAUCUUACUCUCACCGUUGGUGACCUUUUUGUUACCAUUGUUUUUAUUCUUACAUCGUGGGCUAACGAGUCACAUGUGAUUGCAGUUGUAUAGAGAAGAGAAAAACACACAAUGGUAAAGAAAAUUUUAUUUGUAAUACAAGGUUAUUUCAAUUGAGAAAUCGCAGUUAUAUAUAUCUACAUAACCCAGUUACCCUGGAAAGGGUUCUUUCUU